AUGGCUAUUAGCUCUCUCAGAGUUCUCUAUGCCUCGCCAGAGGUCAACCCUGCUAACAGGAAAGCCAUCACUAUUCCUAUUUUGAACCCAAUCAACCAAUAUGGCCGAGUUUUCUUCUUUGCCUGGAUGGGUUUCAUGGUCGCAUUCCUUUCGUGGUAUGCGUUCCCCCCACUGUUGACUGUUACCAUCAAAAAAGACUUGCACAUGAGCCAACAAGAUGUGGCCAACUCCAACAUUGUCGCGCUUCUUGCAACUUUCCUCGUUCGAUUCAUUGCCGGCCCACUCUGUGAUCGCUUUGGACCCCGCUUGGUCUUUGUCGGUCUUUUGCUCGCUGGAUCUAUCCCUACCGCCAUGGCAGGCCUUGUGACCACUCCUAAGGGCCUGAUCGCUCUUCGCUUCUUCGUCGGUAUUCUAGGUGGUACAUUCGUCCCAUGCCAGGUCUGGUGCACUGGAUUCUUUGACAAGAAGAUUGUCGGCACAGCCAACUCGCUCGCUGCUGGCUUCGGUAACGCCGGUGGUGGCAUUACAUACUUCGUUAUGCCCGCCAUUUUCGAUUCUCUCGUCGCUAACCAGGGAUUGACUGCCCACAAGGCUUGGCGUAUCGCAUACGUUGUUCCCUUCAUUAUCAUUGUCUUCAUCGCUAUGGGUAUGCUUUUCCUGUGCGAGGAUACCCCGACUGGAAAGUGGUCGGAGCGUCACCUUUGGGCUAAGGAGACCUCUUCCACCGAGACCACCUCUCAAGGCAACAUCAUCGAAAUCAACUCCGGUGUCUCCUCUAGCGGACCCUCAACUACGCCCUCUUUGUAUAACAUGGGCUUGGAAGAUGUGGAGAAGAAGGGCGCUCGGUCUCCCCGGGUUGUCGACAAGGACGCUUCGGCAAUUGGUCAGAUCGACACUCUCCGUCAAGACACCGUCGUUGCGCCGACUCGCAAGGAAGCAUUCCGUGUUGCCUUCAGUCUCUCUACCAUGGCCGUCGCAAUCCCCUAUGCCUGCUCCUUUGGAUCGGAGCUCGCUAUCAACUCUAUCCUUGGAACCUACUACGAGAAGAACUUCCCCCACAUGGGCCAAACCAAGACCGGUGAGUGGGCAGCUAUGUUCGGCCUGCUGAACGUCGUGUUCCGUCCCAUCGGUGGUCUUUUGGGAGAUGUUCUCUACCGCUUCACUGGCAGUGUCUGGUCCAAGAAGCUGCUUCUGUCCUCUUUGGGACUCAUCAUGGGAGCCUUCGAGCUGGCAAUUGGCUUCACUAACCCCAAGAGCGAGGGAACCAUGUUCGGCCUUGUCGCUGGUCUGGCCUUGUUCCUGGAGGCUUGCAACGGUGCCAACUUCGCUGUUGUCCCUCAUGUGCACUCUUAUGCCAACGGUAUCGUUUCCGGUAUUGUGGGCGGAUUCGGUAACCUGGGUGGUAUUAUCUUUGCCAUCAUCUUCAGAUACCACGGUUCCGACUAUGGAAAGUCCCUGUGGAUCAUUGGUGCGAUCUCUUUGGCUGCCAACUUGGCUGUGAGCUGGAUUCGCCCGGUUCCCAAGAACCCAGUCAUUGUUUCGUGA